GUGGUCAUUGCCUGAUCAUGGAAAGAUUCAUAUACACAGUAGCCCAUUCACGCUAGAGGACCACGGUUCAAACGCCUUGGCAACAACCUCGGCCAGCGAGCUCCGGGCUCCGGGUCUCCGGGUCUCAAGAUUUCAAGGAUUACAGCACGAACAACCACGUUCCACCGCUGACGACAAUGUCCACGAGAGCCAUGUCGCAAAUGACCUUGAGCGCGCUCACCGCCGUAGAGCAUGCCCGACUCCCCUAACUCCGACCAUGAGCUCCAGAAACUGCACCGCGACUCGCUGGAUGAGCAAGAGGAAGAAGUGGAGGAAACACGACCGUCGGAAGACCACAUGGACGGCAGCGGCAUACCAUCUGCACGCCGUGAGCGUCACCACCACGAGAGACAGCCGCUGAGCGCCAAAGCAUCAGGAAGAACAGAGCGACAGCUGGAUAUCAACCGACGGACAGUGCGGAAGCUCGAUACCAUUUUACUGCCAUUCCUGGCACUGCUCUUUCUGCUGAACAGCCUGGACAAGAGCAACAUUGGCAAUGCAGAAACCGCAGGCUUCACCCAAGACACGGGCCUUUCGCGAGAAGAUGUGCACACUUCCAUGGGCAUCUUCUUUUUCGUGUUUGUUCUCCUGCAGCCUGUGGGAGCAGCUUUGGGUCGCCGAUUUGGUAUGCGCCGCUAUGUGCCGAUCUGCAUGAGUCUGUGGGGCCUGACGACCAUUCUUCACAUCUUUGUGCGGAAGAGAUGGCAUUUGAUUGUGUUGAGAGUCUUGAUUGCAACGCUCGAGGCAGGCUUCUACCCGACCACGGUGAGCUACAUGAGCCUCUUCUACACCAAGUUCGAGUUCGCCACGCGGCUGGGUUUCUUCUACGGCAUGACUGCUGUAGCAGGAGUGGUCGGCGGUAUUCUGAGCUGGGCAGUGUUCUCAGAGUUCCCAGGACAUACCGACAAUCCCGAUGCGCCCAACCUGGGGCCUCCAUCACGCCGGGCGCAAGGUACUGCGGGCUGGAAGAGUUGGGAAGUCCUCUUCCUGAUUGAGGGAUGUCUCACGAUGACAGUGGCUUUGCUAGGAUUUCCAUGGCUACCACGAUCUGCAGACUCCGCAUGGUUCUUGAAUGCGGAAGAAAGGGCGUGGGCCGAAUCGCGCAUGAGAGAGGAUGUGCAUCAAAAUGAUGUCAAGAUUGAACACGACAGCGAUGAUGUGAACAGCAGUAUGCUGCAUAGUGAUUACGAUCCUGAUGCACGAGUGUUGAGCAAUCGCUAUGACCACGCAGGCGAUGAAUCACACGAACGACUUCUGGACGAAGAGGACCCGCUGUCGCCAGAGCAGCGACAAAAGUCGACAAUCUCAGCUGCCUCCGUCACACGGGAUGCAGGCUUGAGCACGCAUGAUGUUGUGUCCGCCGUCUUCAACUACAAGAUCUGGCACUUGUUGGUAUGCAACGUGCUGAGUGCAAUCCCAGCAACGGCCUUCGGUGUGCUACUGCCAAUCCUAGUGAAGGAGCUAUCGCCAUCUUUGAAUCUAUCGCCAGCAGCCUCCAAUCUGCUUUCAGCGCCUCCGUUCGCGUUUGGUGCAAUGGCACUGUUCGUCUUCGUAAUCUGGUCUGAUCGUGCACAGAGGCGGCUUGCACCUAUCCUCUGGGGCCUGCUGAUAUUGCUCUUGGGCUUGACAUUGACAGUCGUUGCGCCCAUCGGACAUUACUGGCUACGGUACUUUUCACUUUGUGUUCUGCUGUCAGGCUCUUUCAUAGCCUCGCCACUGACAGUAGCAUGGCUAGCCAACAAUACUCCAGAACCCGGAAAGCGCGCGAUUCUUCUCGGCAUCAAUGGAUGGGGAAAUCUCGCGGGCGUCUUUGUAUCAGUCCUCUUCAGACCGGAAGACAAAGCUGCAGGUUAUGUAAGAUCAUUUUCGAUAUUGCUAGUCUGUGUCCUCGCAUCCCUCGUCGGAUUCGCCAGUUUCCGAGUCUUGAUCAUACGUGAGAACAGAUGGCGACAUGAUGUGCUUCGGAGCUGGAGUGCAGAGGAGAAAGAACGCGAAGACACGCUGGGCGAUGUUCCUGCUCCCGACGACUAUCGUAUGCGCGUCGCGAAAAGCAGUGGACUGCUCAAGCUGGCGCGAAGAGCGGGCCUGGAAGAAGGUCGGCAGGGCGAUGAGCGAUUGACAUUUCGGUAUGGCUUGUAACAGCAGUAAGCGAUCUGAUAAAAUUCAGUGAUACCUCC